ACUGCCACCACCUUUUGUGAGCUCGCCUCGAUUAAUUUGAUCCAUUUGUAAUUUGCAAUUUUGAAACAAUAAAAAAUGCAGGCUUCUUCAUUGGACAAGAAACUACAAGGAUUUCAACUAAUAGCACAGGAAAAACUACAAACUAUUUUAUGUUCUAUACCUGGUAAAAAAGAUUUAAUCAUUGAAUCAGCUCUUAUUAAACCCUUGGAACACAUUUGUGCAGCUUCUUGGCUGAAACUUAAAGGUAUCCAACGUAUAUUCAAAUUAAAUGCUGACAAUGCCAUUACUCGCUCCUCUCCAGAUCAAGUUCAAUUGUAUAUGAUACGCAGUGAUUUGUGCACAUUUAGUCGUGUACUGCAACAAAUCAAGUUGAUUUGUAAAUCUCAGGCAUCAUCGUCAUCAUGGUUAGAAGACACUCAUUUUAAAUUUUUUCAUAUAAUAUGUAUUCCAUCAUGCUUUUCCUUUUUCUCUCAAAUACUGGAAAAGGAAGGUUUGUUUGGGGUUGUGGGUUUGCAUCGUUAUAAUUGGGAUUUCAUACAUUUGGAUGAGGGUGUGUUGUGUAUGGAAAUGCCAAAUGUAUUUUCUACAGCAUACAUGAGAAAUGACAGUUCCCUACUACCCGCCAUAGCGCACUCGCUAAGAGUCUUACAAAUUCUAUGUGGCCGUCCCGAUUUAACACUUACCUUCGGUGAACAUUCUGAAAAUAUUGUUAAAAUGCUAAAUAAACUUGGACCGUUACCAAAAAGAGUUGAUGAAAAUGAUUUUUCAGCUUUAUUAAUAAUAGAUCGUGAUAAAGAUUACGCUGCGCCGCUUUUAACACCAGCCAUAUAUUCUGCUCUUUUGAUGGAAGUUUUUCCCAGUAAUGCUGGUAUUUUAGAGCUAGAAAAGUCUACAAAUAAAAUACAACAACAGAAACUAAACAUAUUUAACUUACCUCCCAAAAAGGAAAAUGAGACAAAAAGUAAAAAUACGACGAAUGCGAAGUCUCCUACAAUACACUUUAACUCACUUCAUGAUGAGAUAUACGCGGAAAAUCGUUAUAAACAUUUUUCGGCAGCAAGCAGUCAAAUACGUCAACAGGCCAAAUCAAUGAGUUUGGAAUUGCAAAAGUUAAACAACAUGAAAUUGGAUGAAAUGCAUGAUUAUGUUAAUCGUAAAUUGCCCAAGAUAACGGAUAUUAAAAAUAAGUUACUCAAACAUUUAAAUGCCAGCGAAAAGGUUAUUGAAAUGUUAGGUUCUAACUUUAGACGUGUACAAUCUCUGGAAGAGGAUAUUUUAAAUAAUGUUUCACGUAAGAAAAUUUUACAAGAUAUUGAAGAAUUGUUAACAACUGAUGGUCAGAAAUAUAAUACAUUACGUUUAUUGUGUCUUUUGCAUGUAUGUGCUGGCAUUACCACUGAAGAACUGUCACAAUUUAUACGUAAUUAUUGUAAUUAUUUUGGUUUAAAAUAUUUAACUAUAUUUGAGCUAUUAGCACAAGUGGGUCUUUUACCGCCCUUGGUGGAGGAGGUCGCAACUCCCAUUAAUAAAACUGCUUCUAAGUUACUAUCGAAUAUUCCUUUGAACAUACCAAAAUUUCAACAAACUCAAUUCCAAGCCAAUGCAAAUCGUUUAAAAUUAAUGGUUUCAACUGCCGGCGAGGAGGAGUCGGAAAAUCGCGCAAAUUCUAACGUACAAAACUCACAGAAUCCAUCAACAGUUUCAUCUUGUCCCAGUUAUGUUUUCAAUCGUCUUUAUAUACCCCUUAUAGCACAAUUAUCUUCAUUUCUUUUAAAAGCUAUCAAUAGUGAGGAUUUUAUUACAAAAAUAGCUAUGAUCGAGGGCAUACAAAUUAAUGGUCAACCUUUAAAGAAUUAUAGUCAAAAUGUUAAACAAACGGAGCCAAACAAAGAUUUUCUGUCAAUACCCUUGAAGAAGCGGCAAGUUAUGGUUUAUGUAGUGGGUGGUAUUACUUAUGCUGAAAUUGCUGCUUGCAAUUUGGUUUCAAAAAUAACCGAUUCUGAAAUUUUAGUGGCCUCAGAUUGUGUUUUAUCAGGAUCUGAUUUAAUAGCUAGCGCUUUUUAGCUACAAUAUUUUCAAUUAAAAAUGCACCACAAAAGUAGUUAGUAGGAUCUGUUUUCUUCUAAUAUUUCGCAAUCAAGACUUGUAUACAUAAAUCUACUUAAUUUAUAGUUCAUAAAAGUUUUUUUUUUUUGUGAAAAGCUCUAUAUCUUAUACACCAAAAAGACAUCAUUUUACUCUUUGCAAUCUAUCGAUGGCAAAUAUUAUGUUUUGUAUUAUAUUUAAAAAGUUUUACAUAUAAUUCUUCUGAAAAGCAAUAAAAUUUCAUGGUUAAUACUAAAGGGGGAAACCUUUUACAUACGAAAACAAAUCAAUAUUUUAUAAGUUAACAUUUUUUUAAAUAAAGUUUAAAAAAUGAAA